AUGUGGCGCCUCCCGGGACUCCGAAGCAGAACUCUUCUCCGUCUGCUUGGACCUGGCUUCCGAGGGGUGACCCCCACGCCCACCAGCCCAGAUGGGUCUCAAGCUACCUCCUCAAAUCUACUGGUCUCUGUGCCAAGCUUUGACAGGUCAGACCCCCAUGGCCCAGGUCCAGGCACAAGCAGGGGCCCACGGUCCCAUGGAUGGAAGGACGCCUUCCAGUGGAUGUCCAGCCGUGUCUCCCCAAACACCUUGUGGGAUGCGGUAUCGUGGGGCACUCUGGCUGUGCUGGCCCUGCAGCUGGCAAGGCAGAUCCACUUCCAAGCAUCGCUGCCAGCAGGACCGCGGCGAGCGGAGCAUGGCUCUUGGCGCAGUCCACUGGACUGUUUCCUCUCAUCUCCCCUGUGGCAUCCGUGCUCCUCGUUGCGGAGGCACAUUCUCCCCAGCCCUGACAGCCCAGCUCCCAGGCACACGGGCCUCAGGGAACCCAGGCUGGGCCAGGAAGAACCCUCCACUCAGCCCGAGAGCCCCUCCUCACACAGAUCCUUGAGAGCAGCUGAUCUUCGGGAGCCCCCUGAGGAAGAUCCCAGUGAUGUCGGCUUCCUGCAUGCCAGCAGCAGCUUCAGCUCCCAGGCAAAACCAGCCCAGCCUCAGCGCACUGGUGAAAAGCAGGAACAAGAUAAAUCAAAAAUACUUUCCCUCGAGGAGGCUGUGACUUCCAUUCAGCAACUCUUCCAGCUCACUGUUUCCAUCGCUUUCAACUUCCUAGGGACAGAGAACGUGAGGAAUGGGCACCACACGGCCGCCUUUUCCUACUUCCAGAAAGCAGCAGAGCGUGGCUACAGCAAAGCCCAGUACAACGAGGGCUUGUGUCAUGAGUAUGGCAGAGGCACCUCCAAGGACCUUGGCAAGGCAGUCCUUUGUUACCAGCUGGCUGCCAGCCAGGGCCAUAGCCUGGCUCAGUACCGCUAUGCCAGGUGCCUGCUACAAGGCUCAGCCUUUUCCUGGGACCCUGAGCGGCAGAGGGCAGUGUCCAUGCUGAAGCAGGCUGCAGACUCAGGCUUGAGAGAGGCCCAAGCUUUCCUCGGGGUGCUUUUCACCAAGGAACCAUACUUGGACGAGCAGAGAGCUGUGAAAUAUCUUUGGCUUGCUGCCAACAAUGGGGACUCACAGAGCAGGUACCACUUGGGGAUUUGCUAUGAGAAGGGCCUUGGUGUGCAGAGGAGUCUGGGACAGGCUGUGCGAUGUUAUCAGCAGUCAGCAGCUCUGGGGAAUGAGCCCGCCCAGGAGAGGCUGCAGACCCUCUUGUCCAUGGAGGCAGCAGUUGCAGCCUCGGGACCCAAGGACCUGGCAGUCACAGGGUUGAAGUCCUUCUCCAGCCCCGCCCUCUGCAGCCUUAACACCCUGCUGGCAGGAGCCUCGCACCUCCCACAUGCCUGGAGCACAGGGAACCUUGGCCUCCUCUGUAGAAGUGGCCAUCUCAGAGCCAGCCCCCAGGCCCCCACCGUGGCUGUGCCCCCACACUCCUUGGAAAGGAGUCUCGUCAGACUGGGUUUUGGCUAA